CUUCAAUUCAUUGAACCUGCAGAGCACUCACUGUGCAUGUAUGAGCCACGAGUAGAACGAGACCGCUCUUCCCCGUUCCUGAAACUGUAACAGUGUUUUUCGUUUGCAUGUGGUUUUCUGGCCAUACUCAUUAAGAUAAUAGUGGCAUUCACAACGCUUUAGCAAAUGAAAAAUAUCCUUGGGCUAGUGCAAGGAGCUACAGCCCGCAUUGAUUUAGAAUUCAAGAACGAGCGGGGCCAGCCCUACAAGAAGACAGUUCCCGUCAAGGCCAAAAAUGGCGAGACGGAGGAGCUGCCGCUCUACACUAACAAAGACGACAUCCUGGGCGAGAUCCGUGUCACGCCCCUGACUACCAAGAAGUUUGAGCACCAGGGCAUCCGGGUGCAGCUCAUCGGUCAGAUUGAGCUUGCCUCAGAGCGGGGUCAACCGCACGACUUUGUGAGCCUGGUGCGCGAGCUGGCUCCGGGCGGCGACCUGUCUGCCUCCAAGACCUUCCCCUUUGAGUUCCGCAAUGUGGAGCUGCAAUACGACUCGUACCGGGGGCAACAAGUGCGCUGCAGGUACCUGCUGCGGGUGACGGUGCUGGGCAAGGGCAUGACGCCCGACUCCAAACGUGACUUCCCCAUCUGGGUGCGCAACUAUGAGAAGCUGCACGAGGCCACCACGCCCAUCAAGAUGGAGGUGGGCAUUGAGGACUGCCUGCACAUUGAGUUCGAGUACGACAAGGCCAAGUACCACCUACGGGACGUGGUGGUGGGUAAGAUCUACUUCCUGCUGGUGCGCAUCAAGCUCAAGUACAUGGAGGUGGAGAUACGGCGCAAGGAGACCACCGGGGCGGGCUCGGCGGCGCACAACGAGAGCGACACGAUAGCCAAGUAUGAAAUCAUGGACGGAGCUCCGGUGCGAGCGGAGAGCAUCCCCAUCCGCCUCUACCUGUCGCCCUUUGACCUCACGCCCACCUACAAGGAGGUGCACAACAAGUUCAGCGUGCGCUACUUCCUGAACCUGGUAUUGGUGGAUGAGGAGGACCGCCGCUACUUCAAGCAGCAGGAGAUCACGCUGUACCGCAAGGAGGAAGAGGCGGGCGCGGAGGCGCAGAUGGAGGGCGCGGGCAAGGGGCCGCUGUGACACAGUUGGGGCAACGGUGUUGCAGCGCCAAGAGGGGGAAGGCAUGGGAUUAUGGGAGUGCUUGCCAUGCACCGUCCAGUCUCAUGACGUGCGGCUUGUAACUAGUUGCGUUGUAUGGUGGAGUUGACAGCAGACGAUAGAGGACGAACGCUGACAGUGCCAGGAGUACUGUUAGGCAUGCUAAAUGCCGGUAAGCUGCGGUUGAGUUAUGUUUCUGAUGUGACGAAUGUUAUGGGUUUGAAAGCCUCGAUCUGUAAGUCUGAAGCAGAACAGAGCCGAAUAACCCCUACACGAACAGAUCAUGUGCUGUUGGGGCUGAGCCCUUGUGGCCAAGCGGUACCUGUGGUGGCCUGUACAACAUGGGUCAGGGGCAUCACGAUCUGUCACAAUACGGGCAUUGCAGUGACUGAACUAGCUGAAAUGUCUGAAUUACCUGCAGA